AUGGCGGCUGCCACAGAGCCAUACGUUGCCUACGGUGCUACCGAGGACCUGUUCCGCGCAUGCGCUCGCGCUGGAGAUUACACAAUGCCUACCGUUGCCGAAGGCGAAGAGCCGCUGAGGUCGGCACAGGGCGAAGACCUGGGCGUUGGCUCAGGCUGGUGGUAUGAGGAGGCGGGUCUGACUCCUACUUUCAAUACAUGGGCUCAAAUCACCUACGUACAUAUGUACCUCCUCACAGUACGUCUAAGGAUGUUCCCUCAACAGCACGCCCACCAUUGGCAUCAGAACUUGCUCGAUCAUUACUCGUAUGCCGCCGAAGAUCGCAUGGUCACCCUGCACAACAUUGCCGCUCGCAGUGUGCGCAACAAGUACCUCAAAGACCUCUUUGUGCAAUGGCGUGGUGUGCUCGCUGCCUACGACGAGGGCUUGGUCAAGGGAGAUGCCGUCCUUGCUACUGCCGUCUGGAGAAACGUCUUCCGCGGUGACGAGAACGCCGAUGCUGCUGCCGUCGCCAGUGUCGUCAGCUACAUGAAGAAGAAUCUCAGAGAUCUUGACAGAAUCCACGAUUCCGAGAUCGCUAGCGGAGACAUCACCUUCUCUGAUCCUGCCAGAGAAGUCACUAUCGUUGACAGAGAGUCUCAGGCCAUGAAGCAGCCGUUCACAGAGUCCACGCCUGUCGCUUCUCAAGCUUGA